UAAGGCUGUCUUAACAAAUGUCGUGUUUUACUCUUUUUAAAGAUUCCAGCUGUCAAGAGAGACCACAUUUCUAUCACCAUGGUGGACGCGAAAUAUCUGAGCAACCAUGAAUUACAGUAUGAACUUGAAAAGCUUGGAUUUUCACCGGGCCCAAUACUGCAUCUGCUCACACAGCCCCGUUACGGUAUCCUGCCAGCGGCCUACCUGAGACCAGGGCUCCUGUUUGUCUCCACACGCCUGCCUCAGUAUGUGCCUGCUCUGGAUCCAAUCCCGGUGGGCUUGCAGUUGGCUGUGUUUGGCAUCUUCAUCAUUGUGGUCUUUGUCUACUUCACUGUGGAAAGGAAGUCAUUCUUUGCUUAAGGGUUGCAGAAACAGAACAAUCAGCAUAGCUGUAAACUCUCCUCUCCUGGCAAGCAGAGGACCUUGCUGAAGUGGGAGGCUCAAUGGUUCCAGCAGUCAGCAACCCAAGUGUGCCGCACAGGUGCGCCCAGACUGGUCAGGUGGAAAGAACAAAGGAGAACUGAAGCACCAGGUCAAAGAGUCUGAUGGUAGGGAAUGAAUAAGUAUACUUGCAGUGAGUAUUAAAGGUAUUCUCAUGAUGAAGGGGAA